AUGCCGCCUACUGAGCUUCCCGAGUCGGGUAACCCGCUCGUUUUCUUCGACAUUACGAUCGGUGGCGAGCCUCUUGGCCGUAUUACCUUUGAGCUUUUCAAGGAUGUCGUGCCCAAGACGGCUGAGAACUUCCGCCAGUUCUGCACGGGCGAGAGCAAGAGCAACGUCGGCCGUCCCCAGGGCUACAAGGGCUCCAAGUUCCAUCGCAUUAUCCCCAAAUUCAUGUGCCAGGGCGGUGACUUCCUCAACGGCGAUGGCACCGGGUCGACCUGCAUCUACGGCACCAAGGCGUUCGCCGACGAGAACUUCAACCUGAAGCACGAGGAGCCCGGUCUGCUGUCCAUGGCCAAAGGGUGGGCCUUCUUUGUCCCGACGGUGGCCAACCCCUACUCGGAAGGGAAGCAACCUUUAGUUUCGUCUAUUUAA